AUGUAUUUUAAUCUUUUUUUAAUCUAUCUAUCUAUCUAUCUAUCUAUCUAUCUAUCUAUCUCUGUUCAUACCAAGUUACCUACCUACCUACAUAACCUGUCUGUCUGUCUGUCUGUCUGUCUGUCUAUCUAUCUAUCUAUCUAUCUAUCUAUCAGUCUGUUCAUACUAAGUUACCUACCUACCUACAUUAUCUAUCUAUCUAUCUAUCUAUCUAUCUAUCUAUCUAUCAUAGUCUGUUCAUACCAAGUUACCUACCUACCUACCUACAUAAUCUAUCUAUCUAUCUAUCUAUCUAUCUAUCUAUCUAUCUAUCUAUCUAUCUCAGUCUUUUGUUCAUAUCUAUCAGCUUUAAAAGAUAUAUUUUCAUGCAUUGGAGCAGACAAUGGAAACACGCACGUAAGCGAUACCCCCUCUCUCUCUCUCUCAAUCCCUGUGUAUCGUUUUUCUUUCUUUUGCAUCCCUAAUACGUACGUCGACCCAAAUAAUCUUGGAGUCUUUUUCUCUGCCCCGUCUCCUUGUCUUAAUCUCUUCCCACUCUCUCUCUCUCUCCCUAGCUUCUCUCUUCUUUUUUUCUCUAUUAUAAUUAUCUCUAAUUUCAAUUCUAAACUCACUCACUCACUCAAUUUCAAUUCUCACUCUAUCUAUCUAUCUAUCUAUAUCUAUCUAUCUAUCUAUCUUAGUCUGUCUGUAUCUAUUUAUCUAUCUCAGCCUGUUCGUAUUUAUCUAUCUAUCUAUCUAUCUAUCUAUCUAUCUAUCUAUCUAUCUAUCUAUCUAUCUAUCUCUGUUCGUAUCUAUCUAUCUCAGUCUGUUCGUAAUCAUCUAUCUAUCUAUCUAUCUAUUUUAUCUAUCUAUCUAUCUGUCAACCUUAUAAAGGGAUAUUUUUGCAUUUCUGUUUGUCUUUCUUUGUUACACUAUUUGUUUCCUUUCUUUUUUGUUCCGUUUCCUCUUUCUUUUAUUUCCUUGCUCCCUUCCUUCUUUCUUUCCUUCUUUCUUUUUUUUUCUUUCUCCGUUAUACCGUUUGCUUCACUUUAUUUCAUUCUUUCCUUUCAUUCAUUCAUUCAUUCAUUCUUUCUUUCUUUCUUUCUUUCUUUCUUUCUUUCUUUCUUUCUUAUCUCUUUUGUUUCCAUUUCUGUUGUUUUCUUUCUUUCUUCUUUAUCUCCUUCCUUCCUUCCUUCUUUCUUUCCUUCCUUCUUUCUUUCUUUUUCGUUCUUUCUUUUUAUUCCUUUUGAAUCAAUUUCCUUCCUUCCUUCCAUCUUUCCUUCCUUCCUUCUUCCCUUCCUUCCUUCCUUCCUCACCUUCUUUCUUUCUUUCUUUCUUUCUUUCUUUCUUUCUUUCUUUCUUUUGGCUAUCGUCCUCCUUUCUUUCUUUCUUUCUUUCUUUCUUUCUUUCUUUCUUUCUUUCUUUGUGAUUCCUGUUGCUUCAAUUUAUUUUUUCUUUCUUCUUUCAUUUCUUCCUUCUUUUCUUUCCUUUUUUAUUUCUUUCUUAUACCUUUACACUGUUUGCUUCAAUUUUUCUUCCCUUUCUUUCUUAUUUCUUUACUUCCUUCCUUUUUUCUUUCUUUCUUUUUUUCUUUCUUUCUUAUGCCUUUUGCUUGAAUUUAUUUUCUUUCUUUUUCCUUUCUUCCUCCCCUUCUUUCUUUCUUUCUUUGCUAUCGCAUUUGCCUCAAUUUGUUUCCUUUUCAUUUUCAAAUUCUUUUCUCCUAAAACUCAAAUACUUCUCUUUUUUCUUCUUUUUCUUUUCCUUCUAAUUCUCAUUAAACGUCUCUUUGCCUUCCUUCCUUUCUUUCCUUCCUUCCUUUCCUUCCUUCCUUUCCGCCCCGCUUCUUUCAUGAGGUUCUUAACUCAAAACAAUGAAACAACAAUCGAGUGA